AUUGAGGAAGAGGCUGACUGGUGAAAGCUGGAGGCUCAAUGUGGAUGCACUCACUUGGCUCCUCAGUUGACCAAUGAUUAGCUAAUUUCUGAUAAUAGAAAAGGAAACAUAUUGCUCCAAGGCUGCUACUUUCAUUUCCUCAUGGGAAGAAGAAACACUGUAGAAGAAAGGCAGACACAACACACUGAGCCUCUACCAUCAUGGGGAACUGGGCAGUGAAUGAAGGGGUCUCCAUCUUUGUCAUUUUGAUGUGGCUGGGGUUGAACGCUUUCCUCUUUGUCCAGGCCUAUAAGAAGUAUGAUGAUGGACCAAGGUACAAUUACACUCGAAAACUCCUUGGGUCAGCACUGGCCCUGGCCAGGGCCCCUGCUGCCUGUCUGAAUUUCAACUGCAUGCUGAUCCUAUUGCCAGUGUGUCGAAAUCUGCUUUCCUUCCUCAGGGGUUCCAGUGCGUGUUGCUCAACAAGAAUUCGAAGACAAUUGGACAGGAACAUCACAUUUCAUAAAAUGGUGGCAUGGAUGAUAGCACUUCACUCUGCAAUUCAUACCAUUGCCCAUCUGUUCAAUGUGGAAUGGUGUGUGAAUGCCCGUGUCAAGGAUUCAGAUCCAUACUCCAUAGCACUCUCUGAGAUUGGAGACAAAAAGAAUGAAACUUAUCUCAAUUUUGCUAGAGAAAAAAUCAAGAACCCUGAAGGGGGCUUAUAUGUGGCUGUGACACGGUUGGCUGGCAUCACUGGAAUUGUCAUCACGCUGUGUCUCAUAUUAAUUAUUACCUCCUCCACCAAAACCAUCAGGAGGUCUUACUUUGAAGUGUUCUGGUACACACACCAUCUUUUUGUGAUCUUCUUCAUAGGUCUUGCCAUCCAUGGAGCAGAACGAAUUGUUCGUGGGCAGACUGAAGAGAGUAUGAAAUACCAUAAUAUAUCAAUCUGUCAUAAUAAAAUCUCAGAAUGGGGAAAAAUAAGUGAAUGUCCAGUACCACAGUUCUCUGGGAACCCUCCUAUGACAUGGAAAUGGAUAGUGGGACCCAUGUUCCUGUAUCUCUGUGAGAGGUUGGUCAGAUUUUGGCGAUCUCAACAGAAGGUGGUCAUCACUAAGGUGGUCACUCAUCCUUUCAAAACCAUUGAGCUACAGAUGAAGAAGAAGGGAUUCAAGAUGGAGGUGGGACAGUACAUUUUUGUCAAGUGCCCUAAGAUAUCCAAGCUAGAGUGGCAUCCUUUCACACUGACCUCUGCACCUGAGGAGGACUUCUUUAGCAUCCAUAUCCGUAUUGUAGGGGACUGGACAGAGGGUCUUUUCAAUGCCUGUGGCUGUGAUAAGCAGGAGUUUCAAGAUGCCUGGAAACUACCUAAGAUAGCAGUUGAUGGGCCCUUUGGCACAGCCAGUGAAGAUGUGUUCAGCUAUGAGGUGGUGAUGUUAGUGGGAGCAGGAAUUGGAGUCACACCGUUUGCCUCUAUUCUCAAGUCUGUCUGGUACAAAUAUUGCAAUAAUGCCACCAAUCUGAGGCUCAAAAAGAUCUACUUUUAUUGGUUGUGCCGGGACACACAUGCCUUUGAGUGGUUUGCAGACCUGCUGCAGUUGCUGGAGACCCAAAUGCAGGAGAGGAACAAUGCUGACUUCCUCAGCUACAACAUCUACCUCACUGGUUGGGAUGAAUCUCAGGCCAAUCACUUUGCUGUGCACCAUGAUGAGGAGAAAGAUGUGAUCACAGGACUGAAACAGAAGACUUUGUAUGGACGACCCAACUGGGAUAAUGAGUUCAAGACAAUUGCAAGUCAACACCCUAACACCAGAAUAGGAGUUUUCCUCUGUGGGCCUGAAGCCUUGGCCAAAACGCUCAAUAAACAGAGCAUCUCCAACUCUGAGUCUGGCCCUCGUGGAGUGCAUUUCAUCUUCAACAAGGAAAACUUCUAACUCAUCUCAUCUAUUCCAGGAGGAAACAAAUAUUGAUUAUGCUGCCAAAUGCCCAGAUAAUUCUUGUUGAUUGUGUGAGUUCCUUCCUUUCAAGAAUGGAGGAGGAAAAGAAACUAUAAUGUAAUUGUUUCCUUAGUAGCAAUGCCAAAGACAUUGCCAAAAACAAAUGCUUUCUGCUGAUGCAUUAUAUUAGCAUGGAACUUUAUGCUCUUUCAGAGCACUUUUACAAAUAUUAUUUCAUUUUCCCCUAUGAAAUGCCAGAAGGUAGAAGAACAAGGAUUUCUAGACUCUCUGUAAGAUAAAAGUAGGGGCUCAGAAAGGCUCAGCAGCUCCUCUAAGAUUAUGAAGCAGUAACCAGUACUAGGUCACCUAGCUCCAAGUUUCAUAGUUUGUCCACAACACUAGGAUGCCUCAAAAAUCUUUUUUAGUCCCCCUAGAGGAAGCAGGUAAAGGAACAGAUCAUUUCCUAUUUUGUGUCAUCUUUAAAAUUAGUGUCAUACAGAAGAUUUUCCAUACAGUUAGAAAAUACUAUAUGCUGACUGGCUUAAUACUUACUAGUGAUGUAUGGUUAUCACAGCAUAUUCCAUUUCUACCAGCACAGCAGCCUAAUUGAGUCAGAAGGUCUUCCUAUACAGGAAUGUUAGACUGAUAAGUGUAGCACUCAGCAUUUAGUGUGAUGCUUGGCAGAGAGUGGAUAUGCAAGAUUAAUUUGCUGAAUGAAUGAAUGAAUCAGAACAUUUUGAAAUAUACAGUGUCAGAAUUAGAUUAACUUAAGGCCUUAAAGUUACCCAAGGAAAUAUCUUAGGGUUAUUUUACAGACCAGUGAAUCCUAAUUCUUCUGAAGGUAGAGAACAGUAUAUGAACCAGUAGGAUGUCCUGGAGGGUUCACCUCACUCUUUUUUGGAGGAAGGAAGGAUGAAGACAGAGACCUAGUCUCCUGUCAUACUGCUGGCUAACAACUCUUAUCCAACUCCCUAUGGUAGGUAAGAAGACAAUGCUGUUUUACUGAUAGAAGUGGGGUGUUCUUACUAACACUUGAGAAUUUAGAAUUUAAGAAUUUUAUCAACCAUGUGUGGAUGUGGAUACAUGUAAUCCCAGACUCAGAAGGUAGAGCAAGGAGGAUUAGGUUUAAUUUGGCUACCUAGCAAGUUUGAGGCCAGCCUAGAGUAUAGGAGAUGAUGUAUAUAUAUUAAAAAAAAAAACUUCUAACAAAUAUGUAUCUAAAAUAUUGAUCUUGCUUAGAGCCCAUCCCUUCUUUUACUUAAAUACCCAUUCAAAUGCAUCUCACACAUAUGAAUAAUAAUUUAUUUAAAUUACAGUAUCUUCACCAUCACUAUUAUUAUCAUUGCCAUCUUCCUGAAGUGUAUAUCCUAGAAAUUAAAAUCCCCCAAAUAAUUGGAUCAACAGUGAACUCAUAUACAACUGGAUGCUCUGUUUAGAGCAUUUAGUUAUUUAGGGAGAUGCUUAAUACCUGUUAAGGCAGCUAGAAUUUUUUUUUAUUAGAACUGCUACAAUUCCUGGGAACUUAAAACAGCUUUGUUCACUCUAUCCUAUAGGGACACAAUGAUUUACAACUAUUCAACUUUGGUAAUGAAGAAGAAAGACAAUAGAGAGACAAGCAGAAGACUUGUCAGGGGGAAAGGGAAGGACAAAUAGAGCCUCUCUAGAUAUGCACAUUCCACCUCUCAGAAAUCCACAAGAAGAUUUGGCCUUGAAAAAAUGUUCAGCCUCUUCAUGUUGCACCCUAGGUAUUAGUUCAUUCAUUCAGUUUUACUUUACUAUAACUCAGGUGCUUUGUGAAUAGAUUCAAUUCUUUAUCCAAAACAUGAAGUAGGGGAUGGAGAGAUUGCUCAGUGGUUAAGGUGCUUGCCAACAAAGCUAAAAGACCCAGGUUCAAUUCUCCAGUAUAUAUGUAAAGCUAGAUGCACAAGGUGGCACAGGUGUCUGGAGUCUUUUCUUUGCAGUGGCUAGAGGCCCUGGUGUGCACAUUAUCUCUUCCUCUCUAUCUGCCUCUUUCUUUCUCUCUCUUUCAAAUCAAUAAAUAAGAUUUAAAAAAUGAGCUGGAAGAGAAACCUCAACUAUAUGGAACCUAAACAUAUUGGCUAUUUCUAAUGUAGGUGUCAUACAUAAAUCCAGCUUAGUUUUCUGCUCUGAGACUAUUUUUUAAGGUUUUAUACAUUUGAUACCAAAAUAGGAAUCAAAAUAAAGAUAUGUGUCCUGUUUUACUGUGAUGAUGAGACGGAAAAUGAAUGUAAAAGUGCUUGUCAUUUGAGAACUUCUCUAUUCUUCUCCCGGGCUCUCAGCCAUUAGCUAUCAGCUGCCAUCUGCCUGCACAGCUCUUUUAGUAUUUACUACUUAGAAUUUAGCAGCAAAUAUUGAUAUCUGGAUUUAGUAACACAUACUGAAUGAGAAUGCAUUUUUUUCCUCAAGGCUACAAAGGCUUUUUUUUAGUUCUUUUGCUUUUGCAAUAUUGUGUUUAUUAUAUUUGAACACUUGCAGCCAUUAUAUAUGAUUAGUUUUCUUGUGGGAAGAUGUGGAGAUA